AUGUGGAGUAUCAGAGAUAAUCGUGCGUUCGCUGAAAUCAUUUUGCACUUGGCCAACCAGGAUUUGCGAAGGUCGGCCCGUCAGCCUAUUGGCCCCGGCCAUUUUCUGAGCCCGGUUCGGCCUUAGGAAGGCCUCAAGCAAAAAAUUACCCGGCCUAAAAAGCUUACAUUUUCUAAAAGUCGUAUAUCAAGCUUUUUUAUGACACAAGUUAUGAUUUUGCUUAUUUUUUUAGAGUUCAACAGAAAAUAUGAUUUAACUACUAAAAAUGAUUUUUUUUUUCCGUGAAAGUCUUUUUUAAUGAGAUUUAAAAUUUUUUUCAAGGUCUGCCCUGGCCUAAGCCUGCACUGGCUUUUCUCAGAAAUGAUGAAUAUAUACGACAUUCGCGUUCACGAAAACCAGAGAAAAGCUGCUCCAGGGCUAACACCCGCCUGAGUUUCUGUAGGACUUCAAAUCUGCCGUUUUGCACGUUUUGUUUUCCGAACUAUUUUUGGAUGUUUUCUCACUUUACUAAAAAUCUUUCCACUUUUAAUUUUCUCAAAAAUUUGAAUUUGUAGUUGAAAAUGGUAGUCCACGAGUUUCCGUGGGAUGCAUCGACUUCAGUGGCAGAUUUGACGGAGAAACAAUUGGUCCAGCUUUGUAGCAUUAUUGCGAAUGAGUCCAACUCUGUAGUCAAUUUUGUUAACACGGCUCUCGAGCAAUCUGCAGCGUCAACUUCUUCUCCAGCUACUCCCGGUGCUCAGGGUGAAAAACCUGCACCAAUUCUCGGUUUUUUUAUUUCCUGAAUAAAUAUGAAGUUCAUUUGCCUUAUCAGUAUGGAGCAUCGGUCUUUUGUUCGUCACAUUUAUCAACAUGUGUGCAGUUGUUGGCAUCGGCGUAAUGCGCUAUUUUUCCAAGAACGCCUAUAAUCAGGUUGGCUUCAUUUUAUCUUUGAUUAUUUGCCUUUCAUUUGGGCACCAUGAGCCUGCUUUGAAGCGAUAGCUUCUAACAAGCCUUUUUUUUGACAGAAAUAAAAUAUUUGCGUAGAAAAAUUUUAAACAAAACUGAAAAUUUUCCGGUUCGCUCCUUUGAGAUGUGCCCUGAUGUAAUGCUGAAAAAAAAAGUCUCAAAUUAUUGUAGUGAAAUAUUAUUAUGUCUAGUUUUUUUUAUCUUACAGAUUAUAACGCUUUUCGUUGGACUUGGUGUGGGUUCCUUAUCAGGCUCUAGUCUCUACCAUCUGAUUCCUCAGGUUUAUUUACUCCUACGUUUUGACCUUCCACCGAAUGCAGCAAAAUGGUAAUCAGGUUAUUGAGAGAAGAGGAAUGGAUCAAUUCUGUUUUAUACUCUACAGCGUAGAGCCUUUUUGGAAGAUUUUUUUGAAAUCAGUGUAACCUCUGCAUAACGAGUUUUGUUUGCUCACCUCAAUAAGUUGAACCGUUCAUUAUUUUUCUGCAUACGGCCUUUGUUUCAGUCUUUUCUGGCUGUUUCUCGUAUUCAAUUGGAAAAGUUAACUGCAGGCACAUCCGGGUCUUCUCGAAGAUCGGGACAGUAAUGGCCAGAAAACUUAUGCGUAUUUACAUAUGGCGCACUUCAUGAUCAUCGGCGUCUAUGCAUUUUUCUUCUGCGACAAGAUUAUCAAGAUCGUCAUCGAGUAUAGAAAGGCAGUUUUUGAAAUUCGUUUUGAAAAAGUUAAUUAAUAUUUCUAAGCUUUUGAACGAUCUAGUAGAUACCACAAGGGUUUUAUUAUCAGUCACUCAAGGAAUUCAGAGAAAUCGCUCACUCAAUGAGCACAAAGUACUUUCUGAAAACGGCGGCGCUCCAUCGGGUCGCAGCGACGCUGUAUUGAUCUCCCACAACGAACAUGAUCACACGGAAGAUGUUCUCCGAAGCGUUGUUCAGAAGGUAUAAUUCGUACACAAUAGAUUAGAAAGUUUCUUUGAAUGAACCCUUGAAAAUAGUAACAGCAUGUGGCGAAACAUCUUUGAGGGCCCUCUAGUGACUACUUCAGUCUCUUGCAUAUUGUUGUCUCAGCAAUCUGAAAAUGAAGGAAAUAAUAUAUCGGCUUUUAGUUUCAGGGCGUUGUGAUCCACGACGACUGUCACGAAACCGAAAUGAUGGCCGUGGAAAGUCGUUCUGGAAAAUCAAUGGGCGACCAGGUGCGUAUCAUUAGAAAGACAUAUUUUGGUUUCGAGGAUUUUCAGAAAGCAAAAUUUCUUUCUUUUUGACAGAUAAAAAAAAAUAAAGAUUCUCAUUAAUUUAGUACUAGGUUGCCGUGGUUUUGUUCUUGAAGUUCUCUCACUAUAAACUUUGUUCUAAGUGACAAGCUUUGAGAAUAGCACAUUAUUGAAUAUUGUAUUUCAAGAAAAAGAAACCCCUCUUUAUGACCUUUUACGCUUUAUAAAAAUGAGUUAUCUUUAGUUUUCGUACUCUUCAUCUUAUUUUUCUAGAAAAAAAAUAUUGCACAUUCUGAGAAACGAAAAAAUGUGCCGGAAAUAUUGUAAGAUCAUAGCAAAAUUUGAAAAAAAAAACUCCGCCUGCACUGAUUGGUUAUUCGAAGAAUCAACGGUUCAAAACAGUUGAUAAUCUUAAAUAUAAUGUGCGACUCCUUCGACUCAAAACAAGGAAGAUCAUUGUGAGGACUUUCACACAUCAAUCAAUGUUUCAUUGGAGUAAAUUUUUCAAUCAAAAUUAGAGAAAAACUUUGUGAAAGGAAAUCAAAAGUGUGAAAGAAAGUCCAAAAUAUUUUUUCUGAAGUUCGUUCCGAUCAGGCACAUGGGAUCUGCGUGCACGACCACUCAAUGCAAUUUCGAACGGGAGACUCGGCGAUCGCCGCCGUCGCCUGGAUGAUCAUCUUCGGAGACGGACUCCACAACUUCAUCGACGGAAUCUCCAUCGGCGCCUCCUUUUCUGAUUCGAUUCACUCCGGUCUUUCGGUUUCUCUUGCGGUCCUCUGCGAGGAGUUCCCACAUGAGCUAGGUCUGUCAGACGAUCUUUCUCUUUCCAAUUUUUCUGUUUUUCGUUUGUUCUCAAUUCAUACAUUUGAAGGGGAUGUCGCCAUUUUGGUCGCGUCUGGUAUGACUCUCUCUCAAGCCUUGCUCUACAACCUCCUUUCUGCCAUCACCUGCUAUAUCGGUCAGUUUAUCGUCUUCUUUUUUUUUCGUCCUGUUACAAAGAGUCGAUAAAUCUAGUUGAUCGUUUUUGUUUGAGGUUUCAUCAUUGGCGUCGCUAUCGGAGAACUCCAGGUGGCCAAGUACGCAUUCGCCCUGGCUGGCGGAAUGUUUCUCUACAUUUCUCUGGCUUGUAUGGUUCGUUUUUUUUCUCUCUCUCUCUCAUUUUCUUUAUCCUUUUGGUGUAUCGUAUGAAUAGGAGAAAUUCGAGGAGAUUCCAUCAACUUUUUUCAGUUUUUUUUUUCUCUUUUUCCUCUCUAACUUCGAAAUCCCGUAGUAUAUCUGAUUUUCCAAGAACCUUUGAUUUCUGUUCUGUGCGUAAGUGUCUUUAACAGAAAAUUUGGGAAUUUUUUUAAAAUUAUCAUGGAUUGUGUCAAUAAAUGCUUUCUCUGAUACCCAAAACUAAAAAGAAAAAAAACGUCCAAGACACUAUUUUUAUCAAUUAUUUUCCUACCCGAGUUAAGUAAGUUGAACUUCAUAAUCACAGGAAUUUUGGGUAAAAUCCACAUUAAAUCAACAAAAAAAAAUCUUCUGAUUCAGAUGCCUGAGAUGAGAAAGGCUAUGGAGGAGGCGUUGAACGUUUCGAUCUGGCACGGCGUCUAUGUCCUUUUCGUCCAGUCCGUGGGUCUUUUCUCCGGUCUCACUCUCAUGUAUGUGAUGGGACGUUAUGGCGAGUCCCUGGACAUAAGCGGCAUCUUUUAA